AUGCUCUUAGUAGGAGAUGAAUGGGUCAUUGCACCUAUCGCAAGCCAGUGCUCUGGGCUUGCCAAGACCAACCUGACGCACGAUGUUCGCAGAGUGGUCCUCAAGCGUGACAACAAUAAAAAAUAUGGCCUGCGAAUGAGAGCUGUUAAUAAAGGUGUUUUUGUACAACUUGUGACAAAAGAUUCUCCGUCAGCAGCAGCGGGCAUUCGAUUUGGCGAUCAGGUUCUAAGUCUCAAUGGUACUGAGAUGCUCGGCAUGACCGGACAAAAAGCAAUGGAAUUGAUGAAGAAGACAAAACGGGAACUAGUCCUCAUAGUCAGAGACAGGUUCACAUUCAACCGCUGUUUUCAUUAUUUCUAUGACUGCCUAACCGCUUUUGUG